GCGUUCUUUUCUAUCCUUGAUAUUCUGUUCUUUGGGAAAUCAUAAGACUUGAUUGUCUCUGCCCACCAUGCCGCGCGCAGAAGCUGGAUCCACAAAGGCGAUCAGCAACAAGAUCAAGGCUAAAGGCCUAGGCAGACUUAGAUGGUAUUGUCAGGCUUGCUCGCGUCAGUGUCGCGAUGAGAACGGGUUUCGCUGCCAUGUCCAGAGUGAAAGCCAUGUGCGCCAGGUGCUGCUGAUCGGCGAAGAUCCCAAGAAAUACAUUGAAGACUACAGCAAACAAUUCCUCGACAACUUUCUCAAUUUACUCAAGACCGGUCAUGGCGAGAAAAAGGUCCACAUCAACCAGUUCUACCAGCAAGUCAUUGCCGAUAAAGAGCACAUCCAUAUGAACGCUACGAAAUGGAAGAGUCUUUCACAGUUCGCUGCAUACCUGGGCCGUGAAGGCAUUUGCCGUGUCGAGGAGACGGAGAAAGGACUGUUCGUAUCUUAUAUCGAUCGGAGUCCGGAGGCCAUGAGACGACAGGAGGCUCUGCUGAAGAAGGAACGUCAGGACAGGGGAGAUGAGGAACAGGAGCAGCGACAGAUUCGGGAGCAGAUUAAGCGCGCUCAGCAGUCUGCGAAGGAGGAGGAAGAUAUCGACCCUGAAGCUCGCAAGCUGCAACGCAAGGAGGGUGAGAAGGUCAAGCUGAAUAUUGGAUUCGGUUCGAAGACAAACGGCGAUUCGAAGAACGAGUCACCGAAGCCCGCAUCGUCUGAGGAGAAGGAUAGCGGUGCGUCAGCCACUCCAGACACUGCCGAUGCUUCGCCUGCUCCUGCUGCCGCUGCCACUCCCGCCUGCGCCCCGCCUGCGCCCCAGGCUGCGCCGAAAGUAUCUUUGUCCUUCGGUGGUGGUGGAAACAAGCCGAAGAAUGUCUUUGCUGCGGCUGUAAAGAAGAACCCUCUUGCAGGAAAGAAAGGGCCAGUUAUGGAACAACCCAAGAAGAUGACGGAGCAGGAGCGCAUCAUGAAGCAGGAGAUGGAGGCUAUGGAGCGGAAGCGUAUGCGGGGCUCUGCUGGGUUCCCUGAUGCGAAGCGCCCGAAGAUCUCUUGAGCUGUCUUUUGAACAUAAUAUUUCUAUGUGGGUUAUGCCCAUACCUCACACCCUCAUCGACAUCGAUGCCGCUCCGCCCAGGCGACGUUGAUCUGUUUUUUCGUCGGCCAGUGGGCUUUGCUAAUACACCAUGGGGUUGUUACUGUGACAAGUCCGACUUGAACAACCCCACGCCGUGCGCCCUCGGUAUCAGUGGCGGCAUUUCAAGCAACGCUUUCUUACGAUCGCCGUUCAGUCGGAUAUCUGUUGGUUGGGACGCACUCUUUCUGUUGGGUGCAAUAACUAUGCUAUUGGCGUAGUUAUCUUAAAUUCCUCGGUCGCCUUCGAUAGAUUUAUG